AGCAAUGGCAAGCUACACUUGUAUCACUUGCCGGGUGGCUUUCAAGGAUGCUGACGUUCAGCGUGCCCAUUACAAAACGGACUGGCACAGGUACAACCUGAAGCGCAAGGUUGCCGAGAUGCCUCCCGUCACUGCGGAGAAUUUCCAAGAGAGAGUCCUAGCGCAGAGAGUGGUAGCGGAGGAGCAGAACAAAAUCACUGCCACUUACUGCACGGUUUGCAGCAAGAGGUUCUCCACCUUCAAUGCCUACGAGAAUCACUUGAAGUCCAAGAAGCACCUGGAGCUGGAGAAGAAAGCUGUUCAGGCUGUCAGCACGAAGGUGAAAAUAUUAAAUGAAAAGAACCUGGAAAAGGGGCUGGCCCCGGAGAGCGUAAACAAGGAUGAUAUGAACACAGCUAUUCAGCAGGCCAUCAGAGCUCAGCCGUCUUCCUCUCCGAAGAAGAUACCUUUGCCUCCUAGUAAUCCGAGUAGCUCUUCAGUUUCUACGGGAAGUGCCAGCUUAUCACAGAGUAGAGAACGAUCCGAAAAACCUCCACGGCUACAGUGGUUUGAACAGCAAGCGAAGAAGCUGGCCAAACAACAAGCAGAGGAAGAGGAGGAUAUGGAAGACGACUGGGAAGAUAUGGAUUCCGAUGAAGAUACCGGCUCUGAAGAAGAGAUGGAAAGCGUGGGAGAAGAGGAGGAGGAGGCGGUGGAAGCUGAAAGCACUCCUGCAGUUGGGGCCAUACCAGUCACGGAUUGCUUGUUCUGUCCUCACCAUUCAAGAUCUCUCACAAAAAAUGUGGCCCAUAUGACAAAAGCUCACAGUUUCUUCAUUCCAGACAUAGAGUACCUUGUGGAUCUCAGAGGACUAAUCAAGUACCUGGGAGAGAAAGUUGGCGUUGGGAAAAUCUGCAUCUGGUGCAAUGAAAAAGGGAAAUCCUUCUACUCUACAGAAGCGGUGCAGGCUCACAUGAAUGAUAAAAGCCACUGCAAACUCUUCACAGAUGGAGAUGCUGCCCUGGAAUUUGCAGACUUCUAUGACUUUAGGUGA